AUGUCGAAAUCGUCUGCGCAGCCACGCCUCACGCCACAAUUCUGCUUCAACCAAACUGCACUACGAGACUUUCUCCGUAUAUCACGCGGUACCAUUGACGACUCGAUAACACAGAACCUAAAUGCCCUCCUAACGCCCGCACAACGAGGCUUUGAUCCUACAUCCACGAGCACAAGACAAUUGUCGCCGCCUGGCCAUGGGCGAUCAUUACAACCAGAGCAAUGCGAAGGGUUCAAGGAGAAAAUACUGUUCCCAAGUUGGGCAAUACGAUCGGACGUACUGGACUAUUGCGCUGGUGUAGCAAUAUCACCGGAUCCUGAUGAUCCAGAAAGCAUACUGCGACAGAUUGAGGACUCCAAGGCACGAGAGCGGACGGUAGAUGAGCGCUUAGACCCAUACUCGGGUCGCUACUUUCCCCAAGAGGCGAGGACAGAGAGCUUGGCUAUGCUGAUGCGGAACGAGAGAGCAGUGGAGAAGAUUAUACGGAUGAGGACCUGGGGUGUGGUGGGCGAACGGUGUGGCAUGACGAGCGAAUCCGCCGAGGCUGCGUUUGACAAAUGGAGGAGCACACAACCGAGAUAGUGUAGGUGUGAGAGCUGAAGGUUCGUUCCAUAGCGCGCUGGAGAUACAGCAUAUCAUCUCUACUCACAUGUCCUUAGGCAUAAGCGAUGGCGUUAGUCGCGUGCAACGUCUACCUAGAGUAUCAUGGACGAUUAAGUAGAACUGUACAUUACACUCUCAAUAGCAUAAUAGACCGUUACAGCAGAAA